AUGUGUGCUACAAAUGGCUCAGACAUAAAUCUGAUUACAUUCAUGUUAAGCAGUAUUCUCUUAAAGAAUAAAGAAGAAAUAAUUAGAAAAUCCGAGGAACGGCAUGCCACCAGUAUAGUGGCAGCAGAUAGACUUUCGUCUGGUGGUACACAAGACAUUGCAGAAUUAGACACCGGAAUAGGGUAUGAGAAGCGUGAGUUAAAGCUCUAUCGGUGUUUAUUGAUCAUUACUCCCGGAAAACGAUUAGCGUUUUGUGUGUAAAAUGAUAUAACGACACAGAUAUCUAUAAAUCUAAAAAUGUAAGAUCAAUAGUGUAUCCGAAAUACGCUACCUACUUAUACACAGUGGAUACCGAUUUGUCAUAACUCAUCCGUAAUACACUUAUUACUUAUAUAUUGCGAACAUCAAUAGCAUAUACAAUAAAUAUAUAUAUGGAAGCAGUGGUAACUAGUUUAUACAGUAACUAUUAUUAUAGUUUAUAUCAUGAUAUAUUUUGAAAGAAAAAAAAACCCAUAACUAACCUAACCUAACAUAGUAAAUGAUGACAAUAGGAGUCUGGAAGAUUCAAAUCAAUUUCCAAAAUAUGUGUGUUACAAAUGGCGCUGCAGAGAGGCAACACAGUCGGGCAGACGUCAAAACUUCAACGCGUCGGCGGUGCCACCAACACUUUUCUGCUAAUCGUAAUUUAGCACUACAGGUGGAAAUUUUGACAUGGGACGUUAGCACGAAAUGCACAGACCGGCGGGUAAAAGCUAGCUGGGAAAGUGUCUCCAACGAUUAG